CACUCAGCGUCUGUCCUCACAGCUCCACCAACAUCGUCCAGCCGCUCCAGGACUCCUGUGGUGCUGGACGGCACAGACCAGGAGGUGGAGCUGAUGCUGCGAGGACAACCAGGGUCAUGAAGGUCAUGAAGGUCGGAGCGCUGACUCUCCUGGUCCUGACUCUGCUCAGACUCCUGGUCACGGCGAGCUGCGGUCCAACGUCUGGACGCAGGAAACACAAGGAGGUUUUUCUGGAGGAGAAGAGCAGGUUCAAGUUUGGAAGACGUAUUGACCACAGGCUGAAGAGAAAAGACAGCACCAAAACUCUGCUGAUAAAGAGUGAGCAGCUGCUGAGGAUCCAGGAGCACGACUUCGCCCUGAGACCAGGAUUCGGAGGCGCAGCCAUCCCUGUGGGCAUCGAUGUCCAGGUGGAGAGCAUCGACAGCAUUUCUGAGGUCAACAUGGACUUCACCAUGACGCUCUACCUCCGCCACUACUGGAAAGACGAGCGUCUGGCGUUUCCGUCUCACAACAACCAGAGCAGGACGUUUGACUCGCGGCUGGUGAGGAAGAUCUGGGUCCCCGACGUCUUCUUCGCUCACUCCAAACGCUCCUUCAUCCACGACACCACCACGGAGAACAUCAUGCUCCGGGUCCAUCCAGACGGAAACAUUCUCUACAGCGUCAGGGUCACAGUGACGGCUCUCUGUUCCAUGGACUUCAGCAGUUUUCCUCUGGACACACAGAACUGUUCACUGGAGCUGGAGAGCUAUGCCUACAGUGAGAAUGAUCUAAUGCUCUACUGGAAGAAUGGAAACGACUCUUUAAGGACAGAUGAAAUCGUCUUGUCUCAGUUCUUCAUUGACAAUUUUCAAGCCUCCAGUGGCCUGGCUUUCUACAGCAGCACCGGCUGGUACAAUCGGCUCUUCAUCAACUUCAUCCUGCGGCGGCACAUCUUCUUCUUCAUGCUGCAGACCUACUUCCCCACCAUGCUGAUGGUGGUUCUGUCCUGGGUCUCCUUCUGGAUCGAAGCUCGAGUGUCUCUGGGUAUAACCACGGUGCUGACCAUGUCCACCAUCAUCACAGGAGUGUCCUCCUCCAUGCCUCAGGUGUCCUACGUGAAGGCGGUGGACGUCUACCUGUGGACCAGCUUCCUGUUCGUCUUCCUGUCUGUCAUAGAGUACGCGGCAGUGAACUACUGCACCACGCUGGAGGAGAUGAAGAGGAUGAAGAGAGGAAAGAUCCCAGUGUCCACCUACAGCACCAGCCAGGCCAUGGCCUUUGACGGCUGCUUCCAUGAUGACGAGAUGGAACUAACGUCGUUCUCCAGGAUGCUGACCCCUGACCAUCACACACGAGAGAUGCGUCCAGUAGGGGGCACUCGUCUACGCCGUCAUCGAUCGGUCAGAGAGAACGUGAAACUGCUGGUGAGACGCAGCUACAUGAUCGACUCGUACUCACGGCUGGUCUUCCCACUGUCCUACCUGCUCUUCAACGCCAUCUACUGGAGCCUGUACUCCUGAGCCUGCAGCAUUUGGACAGCAGCCUCGGUACUGGAGGAACUGUAGGAACACCUGUCCUCAGUUUCUAUUUCUUAAAGAUCUACCUGGAACCAAUGGCAGUGAAAUAAAGGAGGGACAGUGUGAAGUGAAACUGCUGACAGUUGAACUGCUCUGUAAAAUAAAGUGACUAAUAAUA